AUGCAAAAUAUGUAUAAAUCGCUGAUUGAUUUCACUGAAGCCACCAAAAGUUCAUUUGAUCCAAUAAAUGAUCCACGACACUACGUUAUGGAGAGUAUGACUUUGGCGUUAUUAUUAAUUAUAAUAUUUGCUCCAUCAAUAUUCGCCUCUUCUUUACACACAGAUGUAAACAAAAUAAAGAUAGCUCUGCACGAUAUGAUGCUAGAUGAGAGAGAUCGAAAUAAAUUGCAAGAUAUGCAACAAUUCAUCAACUACGUAGAUGCUCGUCCCUUCAAGUUUCAUAAUGAUCCUCUACACUACGUUAUGGAGAGUGUGUCUUUGGCGUUAUUCUUAAUUAUAAUAUUUGCUCCAUCAAUGUUCGCCUCUUCUUUACACACAGAUGUAAACAAAAUAAAGACAGCUCUGCACGAUAUGAUGCUAGACGAGAGAGAACUGAAAGUUCCACAAAUAAACAAAUCAUAUGAUGAUGAUGAUGUUCUCCUAGCCGAUUCCGGCCACGGCGGCCAAUCUCAA